AUGGCGAAUCAGCCGCAGACACGCAGCAGUCAACGGACCGUGCUGGCGUGUACCGACGCUCACGGCUCGGCGCUCGGCACCACGGUCCACUACACUGCGCGCAAAUUCAAGUGCAACGGCCAGAGCAAACACAGCAGCCGCGGAGAGCGCGUCCCAGUUGUCCACCUGCCGACCUUUGGGCAUGAGUUUGAGGCUUGCGUUCUCUCUGGCACCUGCAACAGGUCGUGGGCGGCGUUGUACUACGCCAUUCUGGCACACACACUGUAUCAUGUAGAAGGGAGUUCUCUUCUUGCUAACGAACUCCAGUCCUAUGCCGGAGUAAACCUGACACGCACUCUCCUGGAUAAGAGUGUCGAUCUGCUGUUCCAAGGCAAUUUCAUGUCCGAUCACAGAAUCACGUCUAUUCAGGCUAUUUGUCUCUUGUUGCAAGUGGCUCAUAAUUUUGACAAAUCCGACAUGGUCUGCAUACUCGUCUCUACAGCCAUACGCAUAUCUCAGUGCCUCAAUCUUCACGUACUCGGACAAGAAGCCCCAACCAUAGCAACAAGCAAUGGCACUGGACGAAAAAGGAGUGAUCAGGACCUUGUGGAGCGGGAAAUCCAGAAACGUAUCUGGUGGUUUCUCGUGCGAUACGACUGGUUGCAAAUUCCGUUUCAGAACCUUUGCCAGAUUCAUCCCACACAGUUCACCACGCCCAUGCCUCUGAACUGCUUUGACGAACCCGAACGCAUGAUACGGGAUGGGAUGGUCGUCACUCAGUCAGACCACGUGCCUACUUCGACGCGCUGGACAGUCACAAUGGACCAAGGUGCGUCAUAUUUCAUGACACCCAAUCUUUAG